CCCCCUAUGACUGUAACUUUGAGAAAGACUUCUGUCAGUGGACUCAGGACACUUCAGAUAUCUUUGACUGGACACGAAUUGCAGGACCAACUUCCUCUCAAAACACAGGGCCAGCAGUAGACCACACACUAGGAACAUCAACUGGUCAUUACAUCUAUAUUGAAACAUCUGAACCUCGCCACCCCAAUGAUUAUGCUCGCUUGCUAUCGCCACAAUUGAACAUCAGUCCACGAGGGCUUGUCUGCGGUUCUGGUAUCACAUGUAUGGUCCAUCAAUCAAUAGUCUGAAUGUCUACAUACAAACAGCUAGCAAUCUUACCAAAGCCUGGACACGCACUGGCACACAAGGAAACCAGUGGUUAUAUGGGGAAAUUUCCAUCGCAGACUAUGACAAGUGUCAGAUCAUAAUUGAAGCUACCCGUGGGAACAGCUACUUAGGUGACAUUGCAGUUGAUGACAUUGGUUAUUCAAACACACCAUGCAUGCCUGCUAAAACAAGUAGUCUGUGUGACUUUGAAGAUAUUACACUAUGUGGUUUCACACAAGACAAGAAUGAUUCUUUUGAUUGGACAUGGAAAGCUGGUGAAACAGUCACUGGCUUUACAGGACCUAGUGCUGAUCACACUCAGGGAACUGCUACAGGGCAUUACAUGUACAUUGAAUCCAGUACUCCGCAACACCCUGGUGAUCGUGCCCGUCUGGUCAGUCCCACAUAUCCACCAACUAUUGGCUCCUGUCUGAGCUUCUAUUACAACAUGUAUGGCUUGACAAUGGGUACACUGAAGGUCUAUCUAGCAGGAACAGGGCCUGCUGCACCUUACCAACUUCUUUUCCAAAAGUCAGGAAAUCAGGGCAAGAACUGGCUGAUGGCUGAAUCAGAGGUUGAGAGCCCAACAAGCUUCAACAUCUACUUUGAUGGUAUUGUGGGCAGCAAAUAUUACAGUGACCUUGCCAUUGAUGACAUUAAUCUCCAGACUGGAAGCUGCCAGGGAGAUGGUCAGUAGAGCUUUUUCACAUAACUAGUUUCAUGGUAAUUAUAUAAAAAUCGAAAGUUGAUGUAACUUUUUAUUGUAAAAAUCUUUAAAAGUUUUCCUUUUUUUUUUUUUGAAAGAUACUUGUUAGUUAUAUAAAGUUAUAUAAUUUAUAUAAAAGUACAUUAUUUUGUUUCAGAUUUUAGUUAACAAAAACAUGUGAUUUCUUACAGAUCCAAAUCAA